AUGGAAGCAAAGAGAAGACCAUUGCCGGAUUACAUCGAGAAGGUUCAGAAAGAUGUGAGUGCUAACAUGAGAGGGGUUUUGGUGGAUUGGUUGGUUGAGGUGGCAGCGGAAUACAAGCUUCUAUCAGACACACUGUACCUCACGGUUUCUUAUAUUGAUCGAUUCUUAUCGAUGAAUGUUCUUAAUAGGCAAAGGCUUCAGCUUUUGGGUGUCACUUCAAUGCUCAUUGCCUCGAAGUAUGAAGAAAUCAACCCUCCCCAUGUGGAAGAUUUUUGUUACAUCACUGAUAAUACGUACAGUAAAGAAGAGGUGGUGCAGAUGGAAGCUGACGUACUCAAAUCUCUAAAGUUUGAAAUGGGAAAUCCUACAAUUAAGACAUUUCUCAGAAGAUUCACCACGGUUGGUCAAGAAGAUUAUAAUACUUCUAAUUUGCAACUUGAGUUCUUGGGAUACUACCUAGCAGAGUUGAGUUUAUUAGAUUAUUGCUGUAUAAGAUUCUUACCUUCGUUGGUGGCUGCAUCUGUUAUAUUCCUUUCAAGGUUCACACUCCGACCUAAGUUGCAUCCUUGGAGUUCAGCACUGCAACAAUAUUCAGGGUAUAAACCAGUUGAUUUAAAGGACUGUGUCUGUCUUAUACAUGAAUUGCAAUUGAGUAAAAGAGGAAGCUCUUUGGUGGCAGUGAGAGAAAAAUACAAGCAGCAUAAGUUCAAAUGCGUGUCAACUUUAUCUUCCCUGCCAGAGAUACCACAAUCAUUUUUUGAAGAUGCUAAAGAAUAA